AUGGCUGGAAGUCUUAUUUGCGCCUUGGCAAAUUCGAGUGGUAUGCUCAUCGGUGGAAGAGUAGUUCAGGGUCUCGGCGGUGGAGGCUGCAUGGUGCUCAUCACAAUUCUUAUUGGAGACUUGUUUCCCUUGAAAGAUCGUGCCAAAUACUAUGGUAUCACAGGACUUGUGUUUGGCAUCGCUGGAGCCAUUGGCCCCGUGUUGGGUGUUUACAUCAACUUACCCUUUGAAGGCGUUGCCUUGGUGGCCCUCUUCUUCCUGCUCAAGGUCAACAUCGAGAAGGAACCUCUUAUUGACGGCAUACGCAGCCUUGACUGGGUCGGCUUUGCUUUCAUCAUCGGCGGCACCAUCUGUUUCCUCUACGGUCUUGAAGCGGGUUCAGGCGGACUCGCACCCUGGAACUCUGCUUUUGUCAUCUGCCUUAUUGUCUUUGGAGUUGUCAUCCUGGCACUCUUUAUGGUAUGGGAAGCCAAAGUUGCCAAGAAUCCCAUUAUUCCCAUCCGGAUCUUCCAGAGCACAACAAACAUGGCAUCUUUCGCCGUGGCAAAUCUGCACUCCUUCAUUUUCAUCUCAUACGACUACUUCUUGCCGUUGUACUUCCAGGUCAUCCUUGGUUUCUCACCCAUCAUUUCCGGACUCACCCUAUUUCCUCUCAUCCUUCCCAUGUCGAUUUCGACUGGCCUCGGUGGUAUAUUUGUGAGAAAGACUGGAAAUUACAAGAUUGUGAUUCUUAUCGGCGCUUCUCUCAUGGCUAUCGGUACAGGUCUCUUCAUCAGCCUCGGACAACGAAAGGAGUGGGUCAAGCUGGUGAUUUUCCAAAUCAUUGCAGGCUUAGGCUGCGGUGUCUUGUUCCAGAACCCGAUGAUCGCGCUUCAGACUCAUAACAAGGUGAGACGGACAAGCAAGGGUACAUCAGUGGGUUGA